AUGAAACUUUUGACACAGCACUGGCCAAUACCAGCUCUCCAGAAUUUACAGCAAAAGCUCAAAGAGUCCGUAAUCAGUGACAAACACCCCUUCAACAACCACUUCAACAAACACCACUUCAACAAACUCCACUUCAACAAACACCACUUCAACAAACACUUCAACAAACACCACUUCAACAAACACUUCAACAAACACAACUUCAACAAACACUUCUUCAACAAACUCGUCCUCAACCCCGAGCACGUCAACAAACACCUCUUCAACAAACACGUCUUCAUCUACAAACACGUCUUCAUCUACAAACACGUCUUCAACAAACACGUCUUCAACAAACACGUCUUCAACCCCGAGCACGUCUACAAACACGUCUUCAACAAACACGUCUUCAUCUACAAACACGUCUUCAACCCCGAGCACGUCUACAAACACGUCUUCAACAAACACGUCUUCAACCAACACGUCUUCAUCUACAAACACGUCUUCAACCCCGAGCACGUCUACAAACACGUCUUCAACCAACACGUCUUCAUCUACAAACACGUCCUCAACCCCGAGCACGUCUACAAACACGUCUUCAACAAACACGUCCUCAACCCCGAGCACGUCUACAAACACGUCUUCAACAAACACGUCUUCAUCUACAAACACGUCUUCAACCCCGAGCACGUCUACAAACACGUCUUCAACCAACACGUCUUCAUCUACAAACACGUCCUCAACCCCGAGCACGUCUACAAACACGUCUUCAACAAACACGUCUUCAACCCCGAGCACGUCUACAAACACCUCUUCAACAAACACGUCUUCAUCUACAAACACGUCUUCAACCCCGAGCACCUCUACAAACACGUCUUCAACAAACACGUCCUCAACCCCGAGCACGUCUACAAACACCUCUUCAACCAACACGUCUUCAUCUACAAACACGUCUUCAACAAACACGUCCUCAACCCCGAGCACGUCUACAAACACGUCUUCAACAAACACGUCCUCAACCCCGAGCACGUCUACAAACACGUCUUCAACAAACACGUCCUCAACCCCGAGCACGUCUACAAACACGUCUUCAACAAACACGUCUUCAUCUACAAACACGUCUUCAACCCCGAGCACGUCUACAAACACGUCUUCAACAAACACCUCUUCAACCAACACGUCUUCAUCUACAAACACGUCUUCAACAAACACGUCCUCAACAAACACGUCCUCAAAUCCGAGCACGUCUACAAACACCUCUUCAACAAACACGUCUUCAUCUACAAACACGUCUUCAACAAACACGUCCUCAACCCCGAGCACGUCUACAAACACCUCUUCAACAAACACGUCUUCAUCUACAAACACGUCUUCAACAAACACGUCCUCAACAAACACGUCCUCAACCCCGAGCACGUCUACAAACACGUCUUCAACAAACACGUCCUCAACCCCGAGCACGUCUACAAACACGUCUUCAACAAACACGUCCUCAACCCCGAGCACGUCUACAAACACGUCUUCAACAAACACGUCUUCAUCUACAAACACGUCUUCAACCCCGAGCACGUCUACAAACACGUCUUCAACAAACACCUCUUCAACCAACACGUCUUCAUCUACAAACACGUCUUCAACAAACACGUCCUCAACAAACACGUCCUCAAAUCCGAGCACGUCUACAAACACCUCUUCAACAAACACGUCUUCAUCUACAAACACGUCUUCAACAAACACGUCCUCAACCCCGAGCACGUCUACAAACACGUCUUCAACAAACACGUCCUCAACCCCGAGCACGUCUACAAACACAUCUUCAACAAACUCGUCCUCAACCCCGAGCACGUCUACAAGCACGUCUUCAUCUACAAGCACAACUUCAAAAACCACGACAUCAACCCCGAGCACAACAACAAGCACAUCUUCACCAAUGACACCUUCAGCUCCUCUAACUGCAACUGCAAUUUUCAACAUGAUCUUCAGCAUCAAAGAAACGUUUGAUCCAGCACUGGCCAAUACCAGCUCUCCAGCGUUCGCAGCAAAAUCUACAAAUAUCCGUAAUAAGGUUGAACCAUUGUACAAGAAAGCCUUUAAAAACUUCGUCCUCAUGAAGAUUGUAAAAUUCAGGUAAGA